AUGGUAUUAAUGGAUUUGGCAAUAUUUCCUCUUGUUACUUUUUCGUUUUUCGAAGAAUUACUAUCUCUUUUUUUUUUUUUUUCUUAUCACCUAUCCCUCUGUCUCUUCCCCCGUUUCAUUCUUUGCUUUUCAUUUUAUUCCAUUUCAUGUUUCUUUCUUACUUUCUUUAUUUUCUUUGAUUCUUUAGUUUCGUUUCGGUUCAUUUUUCUUUCUGUCAUUUUCUCCCAUUUGAUUUUUCUUUCUUUCUUUUUUAUUUUCCGUUCUUUUUGUCAUUAUUUUCAUUUUCUCGCAUUUAAUCUUUCAUUCUUCUUACUGUCUUCUUUUAUUUUCGGUUUAUUUAUUUUCUUCUUUUCACCAUUUGAUAUUUCUUUCUUUCUUUAUUCAUUUGAUAUUUCUUUCUUUUUUUCUUUAUUUUUGGUUCAUUUUGUCUUUGUCCUUUAUUUUCUACCAUUUGAUUUUUUUUCUUUCUUUCUUUCUUUCUUUCUUUAUUUCUUUCUUUCUUUCUUUCUUUCUUUCUUUCUUUUCAGUUCAUUUUGUCUUUGUUUUCGUUUUCUCCCAUUUGCUCAUUCCUUCUUCCCUUAUUUUCGGUUCAUUCUUUUAUUUCAUUUUCUUCUUUGUUUUCAUUUUCUCCCAUUUGAUAUUUUUUCUUUCUUUCAUGCGUAUAUAUUCACACAGGAUUAUUUGGAACUUCUAAAAUUUAAUUUUGUUCUCUUCUUUGGUUUUCUCUUUUCUUCCAAUUUCUUUCUUCCCUUCUUUUUUUAUCCUUCUUUUCAUUUAAUUGCGGAUACAUUUAUUUAG